AUGUUCAGCCCGUCGUCCGCCUUGACCCUCCCACUUCUCGGCCACCAAUUUGGGGAGGCUGAGCCCCGCGAGGAACCUGAACCACCUUUGAAAGCCGAACUCAUUGGUGGAGCUUCCGAUUCUACUCCACAAACGCUGCACCAAGCAAUCGCUCUGACCAUAGGCCUCACCGUGUUUCGACCCGACCUUGUCGUUCGCGUGCGCAAGUUGUCGAUCGGAGAGAUCGACCUCGCGAGCUGCUCCAUCGCGGCCCCAAACGCCGUCAUUUGGGUGAGAAACUCGUUCUUUGCCUCAUUUGUGUACGGCGACCUGACGACCAAGCUCCGGGCCGCAAUGGUUAGAGAAUCGGUUGGGCUGCGGGAGAAGCGCUGGGGGCCGACAGCGGCGAUGGGUGGCUCGGCCGGGCAGGUGGACUUCGGGAGGGUGUCGGUUGCGGAAAAUUGUGCUGGGGACGACCGGCGGUCUAGGGCGGUCAACUGUUGCAGCUGGCAGGUGAAAAGAUGUUCCUUUAUUCUGAUGGAUUUGGAUGAAUAUGAUGAUUGUCAACUGGGUUUCAUUUUGAGUCAGCAGCCUUUCUUGACAACGGAUUCCGUCGCGUCUAUGGAUGCGAAUUUAGGGAGGAAAGAACUCAAGGAGCGUGAAGAUGAAGUCUCAAACCUUGCUCUUGAUAUUGGAGGUUCUCUAAUAAAGAUCGUGUACUUCUCAUGUAGCAGUACUGGCUCAAGUGACGGUCACAAAAAUGGCCUUCUAACUGGGAAGCUGCAUUUUGUGAAGUUUGAAACAGGAAAGAUCAGUGAAUGCUUAAAGUUCAUAUCCUCAAAGCGCCUUCACCACUAUGGAUUUGUGAAUCCAGGUGAUCAAGAUGAUGAGGGCCCAGCCAGUGACAAAACUAUUGUUAAGGCUACAGGUGGCGGGGCAUUUAAAUUUUCUGAUCUAUUCAAAGAAAAGCUUGGUAUUGCUCUAGACAAAGUUGAUGAAAUGAGUUCCCUUGUUGCUGGUGCUAAUUUUCUACUUAAGGCAGUGCAACGUGAAGCAUAUACGUAUAUGGAUGGCCAGAAAGAGUAUGUCCAGAUUGACCACGAAGAUUUGUAUCCCUAUCUCUUAGUUAAUGUGGGGUCUGGAGUUAGCAUGAUCAAGGUAGAUGGUGACAACAAGUUUGAGAGAGUCAGUGGAACAAGUGUAGGUGGUGGUACAUUCUGGGGCUUGGGUAAACUUUUAACCAAAUGCAAAAGUUUUGACGAGUUAUUAGAAUUGAGUCACAAGGGAAAUAACAGAGUGAUAGACAUGCUUGUUGGAGACAUAUAUGGCGGAAUGGACUACUCCAAGAUUGGCCUUACUUCAACAACCAUUGCUUCUAGCUUCGGCAAGCCAGUAUCUGAAAAGAAAGAACUCGAGGAUUACAAAGCUGAGGAUGUAGCCAGGUCGCUACUUAGAAUGAUUUCAAAUAACAUUGGGCAGAUUGCUUACUUGAAUGCUUUACGCUUCGGACUGAAGCGGAUAUUUUUUGGAGGAUUUUUCAUUAGGGGUCACGAAUAUACAAUGGACACAAUUUCUGUUGGCGUCCAUUUUUGGUCAAAAGGCGAAGCAAAAGCUUUAUUUUUGCGUCAUGAAGGGUUUCUUGGUGCAUUAGGAGCAUUUAUGAGCUAUGAAAAAAAUGGAUUUACAGACAUCACUCAUGAAUUCAUGGAACACUCUUCAAAAGCCAAGUUUUCCUUGUGCACUGGAGAUGAGCCCUUUGAUAGCUCGACUCAUGAAGACGGGUGUAUAGAAUGUAGAGUGCAAGUUAGAAAUUUAUGAGAAAUUGUGUUUAGAGUGACAGGAAACAGGGAAAACUUGCGUGGCAAUUCUUUGUUGCCAAUAUAAGUUUGGUCAUUUAUGUUUAAACUUAUUGUCAAACAGUUGUAACCAUAAAAUUGAAAUUCCUGUAUGGUUUGGGCAUUUUACACAUGUAAUGAUCCUUUGCAUAAUGUAACUUGGAGAGGGAAUAAUAUGGUAGUGAAGGAAAUGAGUAAAACUGNUCAGAAAUA